AUGUCCGAAUGGAAAUGGUAUUUAUUUUUCAUUGUUCCUGUGGUUAUUAUUAUUGUUCUAGCUUGCAUAUUUGUUUUUAUGAAGCGCCAUCGUGGCUCUGGAUAUUUCUUAUCGAAAUUUUCUGCAUUUACACGCAUACGCGUCAGUCGUUUGGAAAAAAAGCGGCAAACCUAUUGCCCAUCUAAUACAAAAUGCCAGUGUCAUACAAGAGAUUCUGCAGCACAUAUUGAACCGAAUACAUCAUGUACACAUCGUUCACCAACAUUGUAUAUGAGUUUUGCCGGUGCAGCAAUGAUUGUUGGUGGUGUAAGAACAACAGAAUGGAGUGGUUCAAUAAAGCAAUCACAUCAUGAUACAAACGAUGAAUUCGAUGCAAUAUUUUUAACUGAUCCAGCUCAGUGCUUCUAUUUACAAGAUCCAGAUUAUAACUGGGAAGGUUUAACAUACUAUCGUAACUUAGUACAAUUAUAUUCUACAAUUUAUCAGCGUGUUAUUUUAAUUGGUGCUAGUCUUGGUGGAAGUAUGGUUUGUAUGUGUGCAGAUUUAGCAACAUUAUCGAUUGCGUUUAAUCCGAUAGUAGAUCCAACUUUACUUGGUUUACCUUGGCGUGUCAUGGGCGCUUAUUGUCCAUCGAGAUGCGCACAAGCUGUUUCUAAUCAAAUAAAAAUAAGUAUGGAAAACAUUUGUCAGAAUAAAGCUACGAGUAAUUGCACACUACAUAUACAUUGGAGUCAGUUAUCAAGACCUGAUCAAAGACAGAGUCACAUUAUUGUUGGCGGUGGUAAACAUGGCAAACCCAGACUAGAUCAAUGUUUAACAUCAGUACUUGAUUUUGAUAUCAAUGAUGCAAACAUGAGUAGCACAUCGGGUGUUCAUGUAUGGUUUCAUAGAGCAAGUCGACAUGCAUUAGCGAUGCAUUUAAAGCGAGCACGCCUGUUGAUACCUUUAUUAAGACGUCACCUAGAAGCAAAGUCGAUAGGUAUCGAUACAAUAAGCAAUAAGUUAGAACAAAAACAACGACAAGAUUCAUGCGUUAUUGGUAUUCCAGCAUCAACAAAUAUAAAUUGA